GGUCAGGCUGAGGUCAGGGAAUGUGCAAAGACGGCGAGAGGAGAGAGGAUAUGUCUGUGGGAUGUUCCAUUAACUGCGCUCUCUCUGGGUGACGAUGGACCGUCUCCUGCCUUUCUCUGUCCUGAUUGGCUGCCUCACCCUGGCAUUGCCCCAUUAGGAGGGGGCAUAGGGCCGGCUUGGACUAUGUCGGGCGAGUCCGCGCUGCCUUCCUUUGCCGACCAGCCGCCGCAGCAGGAGGAGGAGGAGGUGAAGCCGUUGAUGUGUGCCCUCUGCCCGUUCGUGACGCAGAACGAUGAGGACAUGCGGGUGCACCGGACGACGCACAGCCAGCCGGGACCCCCUCUCCAGGCGCCCGGACCCGUGAAGAGGGAGGUGCCGAUUGAGUGGUGGGCACCGUGCGACGGGGAGACCUCGGAGGGCAGCGACGGCGGUCUGUGCCCGCGGGGGGCCGGUGCCUACACUUGGGACCCGGGGCAGGAAAGAUCCUGGUUGUUUGAGGAGAGUCAGGACGGAGGGGGGCCGAGGGGCAGAGCGGGCGAGGAGGAGGAAGAGGAGGGGGAAGAGGACGUCAACUACAAGGUGGUGGUGGUGGGCGAGGACGGGAAGGGCGGGAGCGCUCCGAGACCGCCCGGGGGUCCCGAGGGGGAGCCGGACUCCGAGAGCGGGCAUGGCGGAGGGUCCCCGAACAACCCCGGGGCACGGCCCACUCAGGGCACGGGUCCGAACAAGCAGAGGUGGCAGUCCAAGCAGUACCAGUGUGAUCUGUGCCCGUACGUGGCAGGAGGCAAGCAGGAGCUGAGGACCCACGAGAGGGAGACUCACCUGAGGGAAGGCAGCGACGUGAUCAAGUGCAGCCAGUGCAACUACACCACCAACAAGAUCUCGUUCUGGCGCCAGCACAAGUUGGUGCACGUCAGCACCAGCGGCAGCCCUGGCCGCAUCUACAUGUGCAAGACCUGCGGCUGGAAGACCAAAUACCGGCACUCGCUGGUCAAGCACAUCGCCCUGCACACCGGCAACAAGUCCUUCCAGUGCGACCAGUGCGGCUUCGCCUGCGCCCGCAAGGAGAACCUCAAACGCCACAAGCUCACCCACCUGAAGAAGGGUGUGGACGGCAAGGGGCUGCUUCUCAAGUGCAACUGGUGCGAGUACUCCACCGCCCACAGCAACGCCCUCCGCAGGCACGCCAUGACACUGCACAACGCUGAUGAGAACUAUGUCCCAGAAUAUCACUGUGACCUCUGUGAGUUCAAGACAACGAAACUCAGCAACUUCUCCAACCACAAGAUCACCCAUCUCUACGGGUAUAUGAUGGUCCACGUGAAUCAGAGUGGCCCGUUGCGAUGUAGCCUGUGCCCGUUUGUGAGUGACCACUGGGAUUGCCUGCAGGAACACCAGAGAACUCACAAGGAGCUACGCUGUAUCCAGGACACGCUGGGGAGUGGGCCGCCGGGUGCACAGGAGGAUCCCGCUAUGUCACGGCUGCCGGGUGUGCCGGGGCCGGGGGUGGAGGGGGGAGAGGCACCGCACGAGGUGGGAGGGGCAGCGGGUGAGGCCGGAGCAGCGGAUGACGAGAUCCUGGCCCUGGGCAAGAUCAUUGGGACCAUCGGGGAGUAUGUGAACGGGAGUGCAGGGACGGGCACAGACGGGGAGAUCGAGUACUGCGGCACGAGUUACCGGUCAGUGCUGGAGCCCACGGGUCAGGCCGGAGACCAGGUGGAGGUGGAGCAGGGGGUCAGAGACUGGCAGUGCCCAGAUAGGGCCACGGUGGUGAAUGGUGUGGAGACGUCGGGCAGGACCGCCUGGAGGAGGAGGAGGAGGGCAGUGCCAACAGCUAGUCCCACCCCGGCACCGUGCAGUGGCUGGGAGGGAGUCACCAGGCCAGGCCCAGCCAGGCAUGGACCAGUCAAGAGACUGCGCUGCGGGCAGUGCCGGUUCACUUGUCACAAUAAGGAACGACUGAGGCGGCACACACUGACCCACAGCAGGAGACGGACACCAGACACCGGAGGGAGGGCACAGAACCCUGCACUGGACACCCAGCCGGAGACCACCCCGGGAGGGGCAGCCGCAGUGCCCAGUCCUCACCUGGCUGUUCCAGAGGGUAUUUCGUGCCCCGUGCCCCAGUCUGUUUGCCCGGUCCCGGAGCCGGCCGGGGUAGGGAGUGAGAGGACAGUGUCGGUUCAGGAAGAGCGCCUCCUGCUGGAGAAGGAGAGGCUGCAGUUUGAGAAGGAGAAGUGGAAGGUCGAGCAAGGGCUGCUCGCUCUCCAACAGCGCAAACUCCAACUUCAGGUUCUCCUACUGGAACGACAGCUCAACAUCGUCCCCAAGACCUCGCCCCCGACAUGACAGUCCGCCAGACCCCUCCCCUUCCCCCUCCCCCUCCGCCCCAACGCCCCCAGACCCAACAUCCUCCCAAAACCCCACUCCUACUCCCCCAGGCCCAGCUCCAUCCCAAGGCACAUCCUUUCCCCAUCUCCCUGAUCCCCUUAUCCGGAAUGUGCACUCCACAACCCCUUCCCCACCCCCACUCCCCCACCCCUUCCCCCCAUCUCCCCCACCCUGUCACCCCCACCCCCCCACCCCCACUCCCCCACCCCUUCCCCCCAUCUCCCCCACCCUGUCACCCCCACCCCCCCAUUCCCCACUCCCCAACCCUUCCCCACCCUGUCUCCCAAUUCCCCAUUCCCUAUUCCCCAACCCUCCCUGGCACUCCACCAUCCCAAACUCCCACCCCAUCCCCACCC